AGGAUUCUGUAGCUCUGUAGAUCUGUAGACGUGUACCAUUCAUCGCAUGCAUGCUCCACUAUAGCCACUAUCAAACGUCAUAUUUCCCUUUUUGACCCGAGACUCGUCGCUCGAUCGCUCGAUCGCUGCUCGACGUCCACCCUCAAGGUUCGGGGAGCAUCGAGCUUGUUGUUGUGGAAAGAGACAUGUACGAAUCGUGAGAGCAAGACAGAACAUCGGCUAGACAACUCCAGCCACCCGGGCAUUUAACAAGAUGUCUUCGAGAUACGCUGAAGACGACCGCCGCUAUAGAGAUCGUGACGGCGAUCGGGAACGCAGCGGAAGAGAUCGAGAUGACGAUAGACGAUCAAGCGGAGUAGACAGAAGACGGGACGAUGACAGAUACUCGGAUCGCCGCGAUGACAAGGAGAGGGAUCGAAGAGGUGACAAGGACGAGAGGAAGGAUAGGGACCAUCGAUCUGGUGACAGAGAUCGCUCACCUCGACCUCGUCAUCGUUCCCGAUCGAGAUCGCCAGAGGAUAGGGACCGUCGUUCGCAUGACAGGAGACGGCGUCACAAGUCUAGAGACUCCAGGUCGGACGAAUCCAGCUCGUCCUCGGGCUCAGACUCGGAAGAUUCGUAUGAUCGGGAACGAAGGAGACGCAAGGAGAAGAAGCGCGACAAGAGGGAUAGUCGGGACAAGGAGAGUCGGGAGGAGAGAAAGGCCAGGAAAGAAAAGAAGCGGAAAGAGAAGAAGGAGAAGAAGAAAGCCAAAAAGCACAAGUCCCUCGCCGUGACCUCGCAAUGGGGGACUUACGGGAUCAUCUCCGAGGCCGAUCGAGCCAACAAGGACCCCGAGUUCCGUGCAUGGCUUGUUGAGGAGAGAACCGUCAACCCAGAGACCCUGCCUAGGGACAAAGAGAAGAAGGAGUUUCUCAGGUUCAUCGAGGAUUUCAAUACGGCAACGCUGCCAUCUGAGAAGUACUACGAUAUGGCAAAGUAUGAGAUCAAGAUGAAGAUGUUGCGAACGGGAGAGGUGACCAGUCUGAAUGACGAUGCUGGGUAUGAUCCGAUGAAGGAUCUGAUGUCGCAUAAUAGUAGCCUUAAGCGCAAGCCCGCAGAGACGGACACUUACCUGAACAAGGCAGAGCUGGAGGAACUACGAAACGUUCAAAGGGAGAGGUCGGAGAUGGCUCAGCGCAAGCUGUUGGGCAUGGACAUCUCGAAGAACCUAGGCGUCAGGCAAGAAGCGGCCGACAGGUUGUUCAGGUGAUUGUACCGACGAUCUCGGCCAGGUCGAUAACGCAUAACACCGAAAUCCCGAUCACGUCAGCGGGUUUAUGCAUUUUCAAAGGGCGUCUUGACGGAAUGUACACAGCAACUGUCAGCAGCUGCUCUCCCUGGUCCUACACCCCUCGCAAUGCUAUGGCAUCGCUGGUGAUGGCGAGGCGCGCGCCAGGAAGGAGGAGGCGACGAAGUCCGUCGCGUCGCGCG